GAGUUCCUCCCAACCCCAUUUUUGUGACUGAGAUGCCCAGGCGAUGGCUUGGGCCUUCGACAGCCUCGUUGCGUAACCGAGCCUGAGCAGCGCCUGCUCCAGCCGUCCUUCCUCUGUUGCGGUGGUGAACCAGCGUUUUGAUGACCUAUGAUCACGUAGAAAUUACCUUCAGUGAUAUCGAACCUAUGCCAGAUGCCUUUAAAGGGACCAAGAAAGGGAGUGUUUUCUUGACUCCCUACAGAGUUAUCUUUGUAUCGAAGGGAAAGGAUGCUAUGCAGUCUUUUGGGAUGGCCUUUUAUUUGUUGAAAGAUUGUGAAAUUAAGCAACCUGUCUUUGGAGCAAAUUAUAUCAAGGGUACAGUGAAAGCAGAGGCAGGAGGCGGCUGGGAAGGAUCUGCCACGUUCAAGAUGACUUUUUCAGCUGGGGGCGCUAUCGAGUUUGGACAGCGUAUGCUGCAAGUGGCAUCCCAAGCCUCCAGAGGUGAAGUGCCCAAUGGAGCUUAUGGCUAUUCCUAUAUGCCAAAUGGAUCCUAUGCUUUUGCACCACCUGCAGCUAAUGGGGGCUAUCCAUACCCAGCACCUCCUCCUGAGUUUUAUCCUCCCCCCCCUGUUGGGGGCGGAGAUAUGGGUUACAUGCAGCUCCCACCCCCGCCGUACCCGGGGCCCAUGGAACCCCCCACCAGUGGUCCCGAUCUGCCUUCCACUCCCGCAGCUGAAGCAAAAGCAGCUGAAGCUGCUGCCAGUGCUUACUACAACCCAGUCAACCCACAUAAUGUCUAUAUGCCCACGGACCAGCCACCCCCUCCUCCGUACUUCCCACCAGAGGAUAAGAAAAACCAAUAAGCUACCAGAGAACUUCUCCACGACUCAUCGCUUUCUUACUUCCCAUUUUGGCUGAAUCUUGGGGCAUGGCCCGUAACACUGAGGAGUAGAGUCUUACCUCAAGGCACAUGGCUUUCCUGGACUUUAGUGGUAGAUAUGUGCAGAGCAAGGGGAGAGAAUUCAACAGCCUUGGUACCUCGUAGAGCUCUGAGGGUUUGCCGUCCUACCACAGUAUUCCCUUCUCCCUGUGCACGCCAUCACUAGAACUGGAGGUUUUCUUCGUCUGUGAUAGUUUCCUUUAUGUCUGUUUCCUUUCAUACUUAAAUUGUACCUCUUUAGAGUAAGCAACUGCUCCAGACUCAUAAUUAACAAGCUCAUAACGUAGAAACAAGGCUGUUGGGGGGUCUUGACUUUACCUUGGUGUUCUGCCAAGAGUAUCUCUGGACGCAGGGAUGUCUCUGGGUAUCCCUCUCAACCCAGAGAGUCACAUCCAACUUUUCCCUCCCCUACCGAGAAAGGGCUUCAAAAGGAACCUUUGGAAUCUCAGAGGAAAUAGGUAUCUAUUAAAUUUAGCAGAUAUCUAUUAAUUUUUUUUUCAAAUAAGUCGUUCCUAACCAUCGUGACAAGUAAUCUGAUAGCCCUCCAAGUUUUCCUGCUGUGCACUAUGGUGAUGCUGACAAGUUUCCUUUUUUUAAGAAAACGUACUGCCCCUAUUGCCCCUGGCUGAUUAGUAGCAUCUAACUAGUUACAGAUCAUAUGGGAACACUAAUUUUCUGUUGUCUCUUUUUGCCAGUUAGAUAUGUGGGCUUGAGAUCACUAAGUCCUGGGUAUUGUCUUUAUAGUCAUUAAUGCACUCUUUUUUUUUCCUCUGCUGUAACAAGUUACAUCUUUUGGCCAGUGAAGCAUCUUUAUCCUGUGGUUUAACUGGUGAAUUAACAGGUAAUAGGGAGAAAAUAGUUGCUUCUGCCCUGGAAGCACUUGAGAGAAUAUGCAACAAGGUGGAAUGAGUUGUUGGGUAUAACUGAGCUGUGCAGUUGAAUGUUGUUUAAUGCUGUUAGUGUUCCUGGAUCAGCUGUGAAUUCACUUCUCAGUAACUGGAAUGUCACCUCCCUGGACUGAGGGUUCAAGCAUGUUCCUUCCGUGACAUUGAUUCUUUGAUCUCAUUAGCAAUGACUGUAGUGCUCAGAACCUCUGCAGGACUGGGCAGUAACCAGGUUGUGAAACUGCGUUGUACAAAGCUUUGCACAAAUCAGAUUUUACUGACUUGUGACAGUGUCUGUGAGAGAGAGAAGAUCCGUCCCAGCAAGUGUGAAGAAAGAUCAUGUGCUAGGGAACUGCUGAGACUUACUGCACGCAGCCUGCUUGGAGAGAAAAAUGGUCCACCUCUUGUUUUCUUUUCAUUUGAGUCUAGGUGAUUAAUGGAAUUGCUACUCUCUGUGCACUGACUUUUCUAGAAUUGCUACUGCAGUGAUGUAAAGAAAUGGUUAUUUUAAAAAAUAUAUAUUUAUUUUGAAAAUGUUUGAUUAAUAUAUUAAUGUGAAAUGACUUUUGAAUGCAGAUUUGUUUUGCUGAGACUGUGAAGUAAAGAGAAGUCAGCUCAAAAA